AUGGCAUCAGUUCUUCUAUGGCACCAAGGUGACCAAGUAGUGGCAUCAGUUGUGGCAGCUCCAUCUCGGGACGUUCUUCUCUUUCUUCCUCGCUCCUCGCUCCACUGGGUAGUGGCCCCGUACAAUCUAAAGGAUCAUUUGUUCUCCGUUGCUUUAUCUGGUGCUUCUUCUUCCCCCUCCUUCCCUCCCACUAUCGCUCCCUCCUAUCCUCCUCCCCCUCUCACCCUCCUUCCUCUCUCUCUCCCUCUCCCUCUUCUUCCUCCCUCUUCCAAUCUCUUUCACACCCUCCUUCCUCUCCCUCUCCCUCACCCUCUCUCUUCUCCUUCCACUCCAAUUCGUGCAAGGCAGAGUUGCAUCUGUUUUGCCUUCUCUCUUUCUUUUCCUAGCCAGCCAGCAGAGCUUGCUGCUAUCCAUGACUUGAGAGCACGGCUGAGGGUGGGAAAGGGCAGCCGAGGAAGAGAUAAGACUGCGGGCUUCCUCGCUGCCCUCACUGUCGGUGAAGGCCGUGGUCCCAGCCAUGCAGUGGGCGCAGCACAGCGUUGCCAUUAUGGAGCCUUGGCGAUCAUUCUUGUAAUAACCAUCUCAGCGUCUUCCUGGCAGUCAGCAAGAGCGUUUGGCUACGGCGACGGCACCCAACCGACUGACGGCACCCAGCUAAAUUCCGACGGCACCCAGCUAAAUUCCGACGGCACCCAGCUAAAUUCCGACGGCACCCAGCUAAAUUCCGACGGCACCCAGCCGAAUUCCGACGGCACCGGGCUGAAUUCCGACGGCACCCAGCUGAACUCCGACGGCACCCAGCUGACUUCCGACGGCACCCAGCUGAAUCCCAGCGGCGAUCAGCAGCAGCUGAAUUCCGGCGGCGAUCAGCAGCAACUGACUUACGGCGGCAACCAGCAGCAGCAGCAGAAUUCCGGCGGCAAUCAGCAGCAGCUGAAUUCCGCCGGUGCUCAGACCGACAACACCGUGGCGCCGAUUGCAAAUGACAACAACGGAUAUACCAAUAGCGGAUAUACCGAUACACCCAGCGUUGAAUCUGUCCCCACCAAAACCAACGACAUGAAGAUUGUCGAAAAAUCCGCGGCGAUUGUCGUUCCCUUUGGCGCGAAUGUCGGCCCAGUAGCCGACGUUAGCGCCGCUGGGGGGCUCAAAGUGACGGGCCGCAACAAUGAGGUGGAGAUUAAUCCAGCCGGCAGUGCCAGUGUCAGCUCUGAUCUGCUUAAGACGGACGUUUCUGGGGAUGCAAUUGGCUCCGCGAAAUUCAACCGUGAGGGAGUAACCGUGAACGCCGACGGAUCAGCAAACGCGAACUUGUUUAACGGCGUUGGGACGGGAGAGGCGAAGGCGAAGGGUAGCGCCGGUGUGACGAAAUCCGGGGUCAACGCGGACGCUUCGGUUGGCGCGACUGCUGACGUGGCAGGCGUGGGAGCAAAUGUGAAUAUCGGCGCUGCCGGCGGGUUCAGCAAGAAAGAAGUGAACGCGAAAGCCGGGUUUGGGAUUGGCGGGAAUGUGAAGAACGUCGGGGGCGCCGGAACUAAUAUCGAAUCGGCGGCUAAGGUUAGCCGCGACAAAAUUAACGCGGAAGCCGGGUUUGGAUUUGGCGCAAAUGUGGCGGGUAUCGGAGCCGGAGGUACGGCCACGUCGGCGGCCGAGAUUAGCCGCCAAGGCGUGAAAGCUGGGGCGAAUGCGGGCGCCUCGGUACAACUCGGCGACUUCGCACGUUCGGCAAAUUUUGUGCAGGUGUCGUGGUGCAGUACGGUGACGGCGGACGGGAAGACGGAGGAAGUUGCGAAGGGGUGCAAGAAAAUUGUGGCGCAGCCGCAAAAGGGGUGCCAGGGUAACCCGCUGGAUAAAUUUGAGUUCAACCCGCAAAAGGCUGCCCGCAAGGCCAUGAGCAAGUUUUUCGGCAUGUUCCGCAUCAAUAAGAAGGAGGUAGCUCGUUCCCUGCGCUGCGUCAACUGUAAGUCCUCCCCCCCUCCCCCCCAAUUCAAUAGCAUUCUAGCUGCACCCUAG